CAGAAAUAUCAGACUGAGGACAGAAACACACCAGCUUUGAAAAAUGGCUCAGACUCUAUAUUUCCCUCUUCUCCUCAUUGCUCUCUGCUCCAUAUCUGAAUGUGUUCAGCGUCAGUAUCACUUUAUCAAUGAGGGGAAGAACUGGACUGAAGCUCAGAGAUACUGCAGAGAGAAUUACACAGAUCUGGCCACUGUUGACAACAUGAACGACUUGAUCCAGCUGAUGAAGAGUGUGAAUGAUGGACGUGUCUGGAUUGGUCUUCAGAGGAUGAGUAAUUGGCAUUGGUCUUCAGGUGAUCCUGUGCUCUUUCUGAACUGGGCAUCUGGACAACCAGCCAGCAUUAGUGACUGUACUGUUAUGUAUAAUGGACAGUGGAUUAAUGAGGCAUGUAGUAACACCCAUUUCUUCAUCUGCUUCCAAAUGAGCGGAGGACUGGUGUUUGUUAAUCAGCUGAUGAACUGGAGAGCUGCUCAGAGUUACUGCAGACAGAAUCACAUUGAUCUGGUCAGUGUGAGGAACCAGAAUGAGAAUCAACAGCUGGAGAAGUUCAUUAAUGACAGAAACUCAUCUGGAUCUGCAGUCUGGAUCGGUCUGUUCAGAGACACAUGGCAGUGGUCGGAUCAGAGCAACUCCUCAUUCAGAUACUGGAGUACUGGUGAACCAAAUAAUGUUGGAGGGAAUGAAGACUGUGCAAUGAUCAGUCAGUAUCCUCAGGGACUAUGGAAUGACAUCCCUUGUCACUUUCAGUUUCCUUUUGUGUGUCAUCAGGAUUUUUUUGUGCUUCAUAAAGAUAAACUGAUUGUGAUCCAGCAGAAUCUGUCGUGGUCUGAAGCUUUGAGAUACUGCAGACAGAAUCAUGUGGAUCUGGUCUCGGUUCAGUCAGUGGAGAUGCAGCGUCGUGUGAUGAACGUGGUUAAACUGGCGUCUACUGAGGCGGUGUGGUUGGGUUUACACAACUUCUGCAGCAUAAACACGUGGCUCUGGGUGAAUGGAGACAUGGUGUGCUAUCAGAACUGGGCUCCAGGGAACGGCAGCACACCGGAAAACUGCAAACUGGAGAACAGAAAAGGAGCAGUUCAGUCUGGAGGAGAUCAGACCUGGAUCAGCCUUCCUGAAUCUCACAGACUCAACUUCAUCUGCACUAACUACUGAGAGAAGAU